GUUAUUUGAAGUAAUUUCACUCUGUUUUUCUUUCUUUUCUAGGUGUUUGUUUCAGGAUGUACACAGAAGAGGAAGCUAGGAAAUUAGGAGUGGUUGGCUGGGUUAAAAAUACCAGACAAGGAACAGUGACAGGCCAAGUUCAGGGCCCAGAAGAUAAAGUAAAUGCAAUGAAAUCCUGGCUGAGUAAAGUUGGAAGCCCAAGUUCUCGCAUAGACAGAACAAAUUUUUCUAAUGAAAAGGAGAUUUCCAAGCUUGAUUUCUCAGGAUUUAGUACUAGAUACUAAUAGACAAAACAUCACUGAGUGCAAAACAAUGAUGUUUCUGCUGCAUGAUAUUUGCUGUGCCUCCAGAAAUUCACCAGAGCAUUUGGAUGCUUUCUAUACUUGAGAUAAAUUGUUCCUGUUCACAUGAAGCAAGAACUCUUAGUUGCCGUAUUAGGUGUUCCACAACAUGAUUGUCAAUACUUAAUAUCUGAAAUGCCAGUACCUAAUUUAUUGCAAACUGUAAGUUAGAUAAAUGGUUAAAUGUAUCAGUGAUUAUUUGUGUACUUGGAGAUUUAUUAUAUACAAUCAUAUGAAAUCUAAUCUUUACACUGUAAAUGAUUCAUAAGUAAUUAAUUCAUGUUCUACUAUUUGUAAUCUCACCAAAAAAGCAUAGCUUACAGAACUGGAAUUCUUAGAUCUAUUCUAAUAUCUCUAUAUUAUAGAUCAUAUUACCUGUGAUAGUUAGAACAGUAAUUUAAAAUAAAUGUACAUUGCUUCAAACUAAUAUGGUUCAGCUACCUCUGGUUUGAAAUGAUGGUGAUGCAGAUACUUCUUGGACAACAAGAUGACGAAAUGCACUGUCUCAACUGUUUUUCCUUGUUUGCUUAUGUUUUAAAUCCAUGCCGACUGCAAAGGAUAUUUCAGUCUUUCCUUUAUGAUUUUUCUGAAAUUAACUGAUAGUUUCAAUUAUUGUCCUUGUUGCACAAGUGUUUGCUCAUCCAGUUAUAUGAAUCAGCUUCAACAGGAUGCUCCCACAUUCAUCAUAUCAAAUCCUUAAAUGGUCUUGAGAAACUUGAGUCGUGUGUAUGCAAUAAACAUUGGAUCUUUGCA